AUGACCCAAUUUGAAAUUACCUUAAAAUUGAAAGAAACAAUCUCCAAUUCUUCUUUAGAUAAGGACCAAAAAACUAAAAUACUAUCUGAUUCAUAUAUUGCUCAUCAGGACCUAGUGAAAUUUUAUCAAACAUGCCACCCAACAUCUUCAUUAUUACAAUUGAUUCAACAAACUAAAUUACACGUUCCUAAAUUUGAAACUCACAAGCAACCAAAGACGAAAGAGUUUUUAAAAUCAAUGGAAAGAUUGAGACUUGAAGCAAAAGAACAAGAAUACCGUAAGUUAAUCAACCCGACACCUCAAUUCUCAACAUUAUAUGAAGAAAAAUUGAAUGAAUACGAUUUGACUCCUCAGCAAGCUGCAAAGGAAUUAAAAAACCAAUUAACUACAAUUGUUAAUAUUAUAAUCAGUGUUGCGAGUGUAGCAUAUGCGAUUUGGUAUUGGACUGAAACUUCUUGGGGAUUACCUCUAAGUUAUAGGGUGUUAUUAAGUGUUUUCUUUGGUAUUUUAGUUUUGGUUGCUGAGGUUGUUGUAUACAUGGGGUAUCUUAAUAAAAUUGAAGAUGCUAGAACCAGAGAAAGAAAGAAGAAGGAAGUUAAAAAAGUUGUCAGAACUUUUAACUUGAAAGAGGAUUGA